AUGGAGAGUGGUGCGAGUGGUGCUCUGGAGAGUGGUCCCGGUGGUCAGUUGUCGGAGGAGAAAUAUCAACUCCGGCGAAGCACUUUCAAGGAAAAGGUAGUGGGGGACCAGCCUCGGAAGGUGGUCUCCUACAAAGAAACCGGUGUGGGGGUUAAUGGCGGAGAGGGUGGUGCGGAGGAUGAUGAGGAGAUGGAGGGGUCGGAGACGGAUUCUGGGGAUAGUGAGGCCUGGUCUGAAGAGGAGGAGGAAGCUGUGGAGCGUAAGGAGGUGAUGAUGAAUCCACAUUGCCCUGUGAUUGAAAUAUCUCGGGAGGAGAGGAAGGCGGCGUGUAAGAAGUGGGAAAGGGCAAUUUUUGUCAAGCUGUUGGGCAAACGGAUUGGGCUGCGACUAAUGCAAUCAAGGCUUGCCAGGCUCUGGCAACCUUCUGGUGAGAUGGAGAAGUGGCGGCCGGAGUUUGCCCCAGCGGAGGGGGAGUUGAACAGGGUCUCGGUCUGGAUCAAAAUUCCUCGUUUUCCAGUGGAGUACUACGAGAAACCCUUCUUCCGUAAGAUUGCCAAGAAUCUAGGACGGUUUGUGAAGGUGGAUAGCCACACGUUGCGGGAGAAGGACCUCAUGUUUAGUGCAGAAGCUUCUACAGAAAGGGCUCGGUUUGCCCGUCUCUGGAUUGAUGUUGAUCUUCAGAAGUCUUUGGUCUCCAAGUUCCUGUUUAAUGGGAAGGAAUACAUGGUGGAGUAUGAGGGACUGAAUCUCAUAUGUUUUAAGUGUCGGUGUUUUGGUCAUAAGAAAGAGCAAUGCUCCAUUGUGGCUCCGGAGGUAACCCCGAGCGGUGGCGCUCCGGCCGGUCACAGGUCCCAGCAAACGGUGGUGGCGCCGGAGUUUGGUCCAUGGAUGAUGGUAAAGAAAAUGCAGCGGAGCGGGGCCCAAGGUCCACGGAGUGGGGGGAAGGCCAUGCCUGCUGGCGGGAGAGGAGGGCCACGGUUUGCGGUGUUACAUGCAGGGGUGGAUGAGGAAGACAUGUUGAUGGUGAUGGUGAACCCCCCGGCGGCUGAAGUGGCAGCGCAGACCGAGGAGGUUUUAGUGGAGGAGAAUAUUGUGGUGGUUGCAAAUCACCCUGGGAUGGGCCCCACAAAUCAUGUUAUUCAUGAGGAACAACCGGUUUUGGAAUUUGUUAACCGGAAAGAGAAGGGGGCGCAAGUCAAGGCGGGCCCACAUGUGGGGAAUUCUUGCCCUAGUCAACGUCGUGCAGGUAAUUUAAAAAAAAAAAACGCUAGAGGAAAAGCCCGAGCGCGCGCUGACAAGGAUAGAAAGGUGUUGAAACUGGAGAAUGAUUGUUUUGUCAUUGAUCCAACGUUAAAAGGGGGCCAUCAUGGAAGCCAGACCAUGGUGGGUCAGCUAUCUCUCCACCAUUAUAAUGGGUCAGCUGGUAAUCGUCCUGACAGAGAAAGGAGCUCCUCUCCUAGAUUUCACAAGAGUUGUUGGGUGCUCAUCUUUUCUUGUCAAGUUUAA